AUGAUUGUGCAUCAUCAUGGCGGCAAAGUUAAAAUGCUCGGACGGAAACAUCGGUCUGCUGCAGGUCUGCUGGAUGCGACAAGUAGACUAAAUCUGUAAUUCUUCAUGGAUUUGAAUAUGAUGGUUUGCAGCAAAUAGUACAUAGAAGAUGCCGACAGAUUAUAAAGUCAUUCUCAAUUAUGUAACUGCCAUGUGCCAACCAGCGCCAUGUCCCAGAUGAUUAGUAUUGUUGGUCUGCUACAACUGCAACUGAGGAAGUAAUCAUGGCGGCAAGAGAGUAUAUUGUUUUAUACACCCAUCAGAAGAGAAAAAAGGCGAAGGUAUGGCAAGAUGGUGUCCUCAAAAUUAGCGAGCAAGGAACUAAAGCAGUACUAAUUGGAGAAGGAAACAAAAGGCUGGAUCAAGUUCAUAUAAAGGUGAACCAGGCUGCUAUUGGAGAGGAGCUUGAGAGCGAGAAAUACUUGAUCAACAUUGAAGAAAUUGCAUCUUCUGAUACACAGAAAUCUGAACCUUUAAGUCAUGAUCUGGCUAUGGAAAAGAAACCAGAUCACAUACUGGUACCUCCUGCCCAGGUUCCGAGAAGACAGCCCUUGAAGAGAAAGAGAACAGGAUUCGUACCCCCAAGGCAAGUCAACAAGAGACCAAGUCCGGAGAAAGAUAAUCCCCAACAGAUGCAGGGUACUCAGAAUGUGCCUCGGUCAACAGGGUUUGGAAGUCCGAGGUCUUCACUGUUCAGUUCUCCUUUCAGCAAUACUGGGGCAUCUUCUCAGGGUCCAGAUAUCUUGAACAUGUAUGGAAAAAGUACUGUCAAGUCCUCUCAAAGCAAUAUGGCAUAUGCAGUCUCCAACCCCCAAAUCCAAAAUGCUGUGAGAAGCAAGGCACCUAUCUAUGAUCCUAAUGAUAUUAAGAGCGACUUUGAAGGAGAAUCACAGGAAUGGAAUAGUGAUUACAAUAAGACAUCGUCAAGUCACAAUGCAGAUGCUGGCUUCUCACCACAUCCUGAAGAUAUGACUGCUAUGGCCCUAGAUGUAAGUGGGCAUCGAGUGGAAAAUCAGUUACAAGAAAGCUUUAAGAUAAAUGUUACUGGUGAUCCACCUAGGACAAAGUCAUGUGCUGGGAACAAGUCUGAAAACUUAAAUGUUCCUGGUUCAACCAAUCAGACUCUUGUGAGAACAUCUCUUGAACAUCAAGGAGAUCUUUCAGUUGGUCCAGGUAGGCCAGGAAUGAAUCUGAAUUGUGUGGAGACUAGGCUGCAAGGAGAAACCAAAGCCCAUGCUGCUGCGGGUGCCAAGCGGAGCACCUCUAGGAUUCUUGCUUUGCUUGGUAAAGGAAACAAGUCUUUCCAGCCUCCUUUGAAGCAGAAUACUACUCAAAGUGAAGUUGCAAAUGUAGUAACACAUCCAUCUACAGUAUCUGCAGGGGUUCCUAGUUCUCAGACAAUAUCCAUACCUCAGCAGCCAGUACAUACCUCUCUGGAUAAUUACCAAGAAACUGGGAGUUCUGCAGAACCAUUGGUGGCAGAGCAGGCCGUGUGGGAUAAUCCUUUGUCCCACAGUACAGAAUCACACAAGUCAGACAGUCCCUUACAUACUUCCAGGGAACUUAGAAUUCCUCCAUUGCAUAGAACAUCACACAAUGUCAGCAUACGCAGUGAAAACAAUUUAAUGAGGGCGAACAUUGUAAGUGAUCAAAAUUCUGAAGCUUGGCAUAAUAAAACUGGAGUUCAUGAUGAGCCUAGAAUUGCCCAGGGGAAUCCGGUACUUAGCCAAAACCAGCACCAAGAUUAUUGUUUGCCUGAGGAAGCAGUCAAUCGCAGACAACAUGUGCUAUCUCUGCACCAUCUACAUCAUGCAAACUUGAAUGGUGAUGGGACUGCAAUGGGGAAGAGUGGUUCCCAGACACAGUCGGGAGAUGUCUUUCCAGAAGGGGUAGGUGGAAGAGGGAGGAAGAAAGGGUUCAGGACACCAGUCUCCGUGAUGUCAAAUAUUGGUAUGCAUGGUGAACUCAACUUUCCAGCAGCUGAUACAGUUCAUAGUGGGUCUGUACCUCAGAGAAAGAUCACGAUACCAGUCUCCUUUCCCAGUGCAUCAAGUUACAAACAGGUUCUGACAGAGGCUGUAAAGGAACAUCUGAACAUCCUCCUUUAUGAGCUCUCCCAUCGCUACCAUUCCACCAUGGAGAAGGCUGACAUCACCCCUUACACCAAGACCCAUCACUCCGGCGACCCCACCAGGGGACCGGGUGGGGGUGGUUUGGGGAAUCCCCCUUGUAAGCAUGGCCAGCCUGCCAAGAUGGUGUGUGUCAAGAAGGAUGGUCCGAACAAAGGCAGGAUGUUCUAUGUCUGUAACAACCAACGGGAGAAUCAGUGCAAGUUCUUUGUAUGGGCAGACCAGCAUUCAGCCCAGGCCUCACAAGCCCCAACCCAACCUUCACAGUCGAGAGCUAAGAUUUCUCUUCACAAUGCCGAAAGCAUUGAGAAAUUUGCAAGGACCCACCAGGUUCAUCUGUACUGUGAAUGUCAGUUGAGUCGAAGGGGCAGCUUGAACGAGGGACCCCUAGGAUCCGCACCGUCUUGGAUUAAGAAAUACAGAGCACAACAGCUGAACAAUACCACCAAGAAGUUAUACAUCAAAUUAGACAGGAAGGAACACUCUUCUACCUAUGCCAAAGAUGACCUGUGGAUCGUAAGUCAAGAUUUGACCUUUGACCCUGCCUGUUCCUUUGUGGCCAAGAGCAUGUUUCACGGGCCAUCAUCGACCAAUGAGAUUGAGAUUGAACCUCUGACUGGCUAUUCUCCUUCUAAUUGGUCCAGAGACGGUGCAGUGUAUGGAAUCCUGGCUUGCAAUGCUAGCUCAGAGCUGACUUGUCUUGAAAAUCUCCAAGAAUAUGUCAACCCAAGGACGUUCCCCAUCCUUCCUCAUCUUAUCAGCUGUGAGCCAGAGAAAAAUCCCUCGUUCCAUGGUCCUGCUUUCGUCAAGCCUGCAAGGUCUCGUCAUCUCAACCUCCCAUCAUCACUCAUCACUGAGCUUGUUGAAGAUACCAUCAGAUCAUAUCAUUUGAAUCCUGACCAAUCGUUGGCCUUGCAGCAAGUAUCAAGCAUGUUAGAAGAGGACAAUCCACCGGUUACACUCAUACAUGGUGUGUUUGGUGCUGGUAAGAGCUACCUCUUGGCUGUCAUGGUCCUUUUCUUGAUCAAGCUAUUCAACCUGCAUGAAGAGAAUGAACCUACAGGUCAGGAUGGUGGAUGGAAGGUCCUCAUAGCAUCUACGACAAAUGUAGCUGUAGAUAGGAUACUCCUAGGACUUCUUGAACUUGGAUUUGAAGAUUUCAUUCGCGUUGGCAGCCUUAGAAAAAUAGCUAAACCAGUCCUGCCAUACAGUGUCCAUGCUUCGGACAAGGAGAACCAAGAGAUGAAAGAACUGCAGGAGAUGUUGAAGGGAGACCUCACCCAGAGUGAGAAGCAGUUGGUGAGGAGAAGCAUCGAGAGACAGAGGCUCGGAAAGAACAAGGAGAUGCUAUCAAAGGUCAAGGUCAUCGGGGUCACGUGUGCAGCUUGCAGCUUCCCAUGCAUCAAGAAUUUAAAAUUUCCUGUUGUAUUACUUGAUGAAUGUAGCCAGAUGACUGAACCAUCCUCCCUGCUUCCUAUGGCUCGGUUUGGAUGUGAGAAGCUAGUUCUUGUUGGAGACCCACAUCAGCUCGACCCUACCAUCCAAGGAUCAGAGUCGGCUCACAAAUCAGGAUUGGAACAGACUCUCUUUGAUCGACUGUCUCUCAUGGGUUAUGAUCCUAUUAUGCUGAGGACACAGUAUCGCUGUCAUCCCUGUAUCAGCAGCAUUGCAAACACACUCUUCUACGAUGGACAGCUAUUGGAUGGGGUCAUCGAAGAAGACAGACCUCCUUUGCUGCCCAACCUCCCAACUCUCUGUUUCUUCAACAUCUCCCACGGUCGUGAGAUGAGCUCAAGGGAUGGUAGUUACUUCAAUGACCCCGAGGCAAGCUUUGUGGUAUUCCUCAUCAGUAGCAUGAUGGAGAUGGGGAUUUCCCCAUCUGAUGUAGGGGUCAUCACACUUUACAAGGCUCAAGUCAGUAGGAUCAGAAUGCUCCUCCAGACAUCAAGCACUCAGAAAAGCAGUGAACUGAAAGCUAUCCAGAUAUCCACAGUAGAUGCUUUUCAAGGUGGAGAAAAGUCCAUCAUCAUCUUGUCUUGUGUACGGACACAAAGAGUAGGAUUCAUUGACUCGGACAAGCGUACUAACGUUGCGCUGACCCGAUCUAAGAAUCAUCUGUUAAUCGUUGGUGGAAUGAAGAUGCUGUCAGAUAACCACCUCUGGGGAGAAAUCAUCCACAAAUGUCAAGAGCACCCAGGAGGAAUUCAAGAUUCCAAGGUAUUCCAGAAGAAGUGGGAGGAGAGACUAAGGGAACUGAAACAAGAUGUCGACCCGGAACCGGAGAAGAGGCCUCGGAGAACGAGAGGGAAAAGAAGAAAGCUAGAAAGGAACGAGAGAGAACACUCACCAGCCAUGUCACUGGAUAGUGAUGAUGAUGAUGAUGAUUUUGUAAGCAGUGUUUCUCCCUGUUUAUCUGGAACCAGCAAAGAUCACGAGCCAGACACCUCUGGACAGGACUGUUCUAAAAACACAAUACCACUUCCCCCAGGAUCACCCCACUCAACCCUAGGUGACGAUGACCUGGUCUGUGUGGAUCUGAGCACCCCUCCAGAAGAUGUGGAACUCAGCAACACCAGAUCCAGGAUGGAUGCGAAGGAACCAGCUCCUGUACCUGAUGCCACGUCUGUAGCUUCGCAUCUUGCCCCAGAGGUGGACCACCCUCUCCGCCCACCUCGUUCAUUCCCAGUGGAUGAUGACCUGUCUUCUGUAGAUCCACCUGAUCCGCAAUUUGACAACACCACCAGAUUAAAGAUGGACUAUGCCGAAUCAGAAGCGGGUGUGUCCUCUGCAGUCCCUGGUACCUAUCCAGGAGACAAUCUUACAUUAUCACCCAGGACAUCCACAGAGGAGGAUGACUUGCCCAGUGUAGAUAUAGGUACCCGACCAACGGUCAAGGACCUCGGAAAUUCCAAGUGGACAUCAGAACACAAGACAACUUCCUUUCCUGGAGAUGAUGCUACUCUGGAGGAAUGUAGAGAUUCAGUUGUGCAGGAGUUGGUGAAGACACCAGAGGCCAGUUUUUCUUACUCACCCCUGGAGCAUGUGGUAGAAUCUGAUUCAGAGGAGAGUGGAGAAGACGACCUUCCAAACUUUGACAUUGGAAAUAUCUUUUCAUGAUGAUAUAGUCUUCAGUAGUGCAGAAAACAGGGACUCUGAGACAAGACUUAUUUGGAAAUUAAGAGCUAUUUAUAACAUUCAGAAUAUAUUGAUGGUGUAAUGACUUCAUUAUUUUGCUGCCAACAGCAAUUGCGGAUAUCGUGUAGUCAUGCAGUAUACCUGAUUAACCCAUAGAGGGACAGAGUCUCCUUUAGGAGAUUUUGUGGCAUGUUUUCUUUAUCCAAAAUUUUAGCAAUCACACAUGGAAUAUAAGAAAGAGAAAACUACCAAAAUAUUAAUACCACAUUGCAAAUGUGCUAUUAUCAUAAAUUUAGCUGAUGUUAUAUCCAUAUUUAAUUAUUUUGAAGUAGAAAAAUUAUUAUUGUUGCUGAUAUGAGGAGUAAAAGAAGAUUAAUCUC